ACGCCCAACCAACGUAAGCGUUGUUAGUAGGAAGAAGAAGAAGCCGAUUCUGGAAGCCAUUACGUUGCGCACAUUAAUUGAGUAAAUCCUACUAUUUGUGCGUAUUGUACGCACAAUUACCUCUCCAAAAGAGCAGUUUCUGCAAUUAUGGCAUCGGUCGCGAAAAAAAGAAAAAUGAAUUUCUCGGAGAGAGAGGUGGAAAUUAUUGUGGAAGAAAUAGAGAAACAAAAGCACACACUGGUUAACCACUUCAAUGCUGGAGUCACCCACAUGGCAAAGAAUAACGCGUGGGUGGAUAUUCUGAAAAAGGUGAACGCUGUCACCACCUGUCCCAGAGAGUUGCCCGAGGUGAAAAAGAAGUGGUCUGACAUGAAGACGGAGGUCCGACGGAAAGUGGCCCAGGCGCGGGCUGCUAUAGAGGGAAUCUCCGCUGACUGCACUCCAGUUCCCGUCAUCCUCACCGCUAUGCAGCAGAGGAUCUGUAACCUCCUGGGGGAGGCCACCAUCAUCAGCUUACCUGCAGGAGACUCGGAUGCUGAGAUAACUUUACCUGUUACAGUGAACGCUGCCGCCACCGUAACACUAGCAGACACUCUUCCAUCGGGCUCAGGUACAGACUGUGAUGAGGCAAAGCCACUCACUGAAACAACUUACCACACCCUAGAGGAUGGAGGCGUAGUGGAGUACUGCACCACCACUGUAGGUGACUCCACUCCCACUGUGGCAGCCGUUGAGGCUCCAGUGGAGAUGCUGGCCUCAUCCUCGGCUUCCCCACCUCCGCCUCAGGGUCAGGCCAAACCUCAGGAGCUGAAGAGCCGCAUUGCCCUCAACUCAGCCCGCCUGCUGCAGGAGCAGAGAGUCACCAACGUCCACAUCCGACAGAUUGCCCAGCACCUGGAGGGCCAGAACGAGCUCCUGCAGAUGAUGCGGCGCUCCCAGGAGGCUCAGGCAUUCGCCCAGGAAAGACAGGCCCAGGCCCUGGAAGGUACCCAGGCUGCCCUGCUAGCAUUAGUGCAGAUGCUCAGGCCUGCUCUCAAAGACCUGCGCAAAUUCCUGCAGAGUGGGAAUGAGGUCACAAACCCCAGCAGCUCAGCAGCAGGAGCGAUAGCUGACAGGCCAGGAACAGAGGAGCAGAGCAGGCCCAAAACACCUCCACAGCAAGCUGAGGAGACACAAUAGCACUGUGUGUGUGUGUGUGUGUGUGUGUGUGUGUGUGUGUGUG